AUGGUCGAAUUUACCAAAGCUGCAUUGAUGGUCUUUGCUGUCGCUCUUCCAAUAGAGGUCUUUGUGCCAGAACUCGACGUGGGCGUCGUCACCAUCGUUGCCCACAGCGACAACAAAGUCACCACCGAGCUUGGAAGUCUCGUUGAAAAUAUCGAUUGCCCAGUCCACCGGCUGCUCUGGGGCAUGGGCAAUGAUUUUCUCGUUAUGGUCCAAGAGGGUGACACCCAUCUGAUACACACCAACAGGCCACUCCCCCAGCCAGAAUGGUUUUUCAGCGACAGACAUUUUGGCGUCUUGAGGAUCCUUGCAAGGGACACCCUUCCAAUAAUUAUGGUUGUUGAUGUUGUCAAUUGCUUUUUCCGCAUCCAGGCAGACCCCGAUGUCAAAGAAGCCUAG